AUGGAAAAAGUAAGUAAAAGGAAAAGAACAUAUGUUAGAGGCAAACCGCUCGGAAAUGACCUAAGAUCUUUGAUUAUUGAUGAAGUUAUACAUUCUGGAGGGAAUAUAAUAACUCGAGAAUACCCUGGGAAUUUUUCUGCAAUAGCUAAACAGUUCUCUGUUCAUGACUCGACUGUAAAAAAUAUUUGGAGCAAUUACUGCGAGAACAAAACACUUGAUCCAAAAAAGAAAAAGGGCGGAAAUCCAAGCAAAUUACAUGAUGGUGAUUUGGAACUUAUCGAAACGUUAACAAGGAUUCGUCCAACUAUCAGUCUAAACGAACUAAAAGACGACGUAGAAUUGUAUGAUCCAAAGCCUGAUGGAGUAUCCAUUUCAGCUAUUUCCAGGGCGUUAAAACAAAGAAUGCCUUCUGGUUUGCAGUAUUCACGAAAGAAAGUAAACAAAGUUGCUAUCGAACGAUUUACCCCAGUUAAUAUGGUCUAUACGCAGAUGUUUAUAAACUACCUGCAUUCUAAGGACCCACGCAAGUUGAAAUUUUUUGAUGAAGCAGGAUUGAAAUUGCCACAUCACGGGACAAGAUAUUACGGACAUGCUCCGGUAGGCGAGAGAUGUAUUGAACUGGCACGUUAUCAUCAAACUCCUAAUAUAACACUGAACCUUCUCGCAGGUUUAGAGGGAGUUGUGUACGCUAACACUGUUAAAGGUGCUGCUAGCACUGUGCAUCUGUUGCAGUUUUUCGGAGAGGCUGCACAAGCUGGAAAUGUAAUUACUCAAAGACCAGCGCUUGAAUAUGGGGAUAUUGUUGUGAUGGACAAUUGUCCAACCCAUCAUUACGAUGGCGAAGAAGUAUUAACUGAGUUUCUGAAUGAAAUAGGUAUAGAGCUUGUUUAUACCCCUACAUAUUCCCCCGAUUUUAAUCCCGCUGAGUUUGUAUUUGGAAAGAUCAGGACUGAAAUGCGGUAUGCUUUAUGGGAACUGACAAAUCGAAACUUGGUAUUAUCCGUUUAUGAAGCAAUUGACAAAGUUACGGAACAGGAUACGAUUGGAUUUUUCAGGGCGACGUCGUACAUUUAA